GCGAAGGCUGCGGCAGCGUCCGGUGCGUACACGUUGCAGCUUCUCGCUGUCGGCGGCUCCGGGGUGGUUCGGCGGCCUCGCAGGCGCACUGACUGGUAGACCCGUCGACCGGUGGAGAUGGCGACGCUCUGUCUGACCGUGAACUCCGGAGACCCGCCUCUGGGCGCUUUGCUGGCAGUAGAACAUGUGAAAGACAACGUCAGCAUUUCUGUUGAAGAAGGGAAAGAGAAUAUUCUUCGUGUGUCUGAAAAUGUGGUAUUCACGGACAUAAACUCCAUACUUCGCUACUUGGCUAGAGUUGCAGCUACAGCGAGGCUCUAUGGCUCCAACCUGAUGGAACAUACUGAGAUUGAUCACUGGUUGGAGUUCAGUGCUACAAAACUGUCUUCAUGUAAUUUGUUUCCUUCUGGAAUCAGUGAGCUCAAUCAUGGCCUGUCUCUGAGAACAUACUUAGUUGGAAACUCCUUGAGCUUAGCAGAUUUAUGUGUUUGGGCCACCCUGAAAGGAAAUGCUGCAUGGCAGGAACAACUGAAACAGAAUAAAGCUCCGGUUCAUGUAAAGCGUUGGUUCGGCUUUCUUGAAGCCCAGCAGGCCUUCCAGUCAGUAGGUACCAAGUGGAAUGUUUCAACAACCAAAGCUAAAGUGUUCACCUCUGCACAGUCCUGGGCCCCUGAAAAAAAGCAAGAUGUUGGGAAAUUUAUUGAGCUUCCGGGUGCUGAGAUGGGAAAGGUUACUGUCAGAUUUCCUCCAGAGGCUAGUGGUUACUUACACAUUGGGCAUGCAAAAGCUGCUCUUCUGAACCAGCACUACCAGGUUAACUUUAAAGGGAAACUGAUCAUGAGAUUUGAUGACACAAAUCCUGAAAAAGAGAAGGAAGAUUUUGAGAAGGUUAUCCUGGAAGAUGUUGCAUUGUUGCAUAUCAAACCAGAUCAAUUUACUUACACCUCGGAUCACUUUGAAACCAUAAUGAAAUAUGCAGAGAAGCUAAUUCGGGAAGGGAAGGCUUAUGUGGAUGAUACACCUGCUGAGCAGAUGAAAGCCGAACGUGAGCAGAGGAUAGAAUCCAAACACAGAAAAAACUCCAUUGAGAAGAAUCUGCAAAUGUGGGAAGAAAUGAAAAAAGGGAGCCAGUUUGGUCAGUCUUGUUGUUUGCGAGCAAAAAUUGACAUGAGCAGUAACAAUGGGUGCAUGAGGGACCCGACACUUUACCGCUGCAAAAUUCAACCACACCCAAGAACUGGAAAUAAGUACAAUAUUUACCCAACGUACGAUUUCGCCUGUCCCAUAGUGGAUAGCAUUGAAGGUGUUACGCAUGCCCUGAGAACAACAGAAUACCAUGACAGAGAUGAACAGUUCUAUUGGAUUAUCGAAGCUUUAGGCAUACGAAAACCAUAUAUUUGGGAAUAUAGCCGGCUAAAUCUGAACAACACAGUGCUGUCUAAAAGAAAACUCACGUGGUUUGUCAACGAAGGACUGGUAGAUGGAUGGGAUGACCCAAGAUUUCCAACAGUUCGUGGCGUACUGAGAAGAGGGAUGACAGUCGAAGGACUGAAACAGUUUAUUGCUGCUCAGGGCUCCUCACGUUCAGUUGUGAACAUGGAAUGGGACAAAAUUUGGGCAUUUAACAAAAAGCUGCGAGCUCUCUGUAAGAAGGUUAUCGACCCGGUGGCACCACGAUACGUUGCGUUGUUGAAAAAAGAGGUGAUCCCAGUGAAUGUCCCCGAAGCUCGGGAGGAGAGCAAAGAAGUCGCCAAACAUCCAAAGAAUCCUGACGUGGGCUUGAAGCCCGUGUGGUACAGCUCCAGAGUUCUCAUUGACGGCGCUGAUGCAGAGACACUGUCAGAGGGUGAGAUGGUGACAUUUAUAAAUUGGGGCAACAUCAACAUUAUGAAAAUACACAGAAACACAGAUGGAAAAAUUGUAUCUCUUGAUGCAAAAUUGAAUUUGGAGAACAAAGACUACAAGAAAACCACUAAGAUCACUUGGCUUGCAGAGACACCACGGGCUCUUCCUAUUCCAGCAAUCUGUGUGACCUACGAGCACUUGAUCACAAAGCCAGUGCUCGGAAAAGACGAGGAUUUUAAGCAGUAUGUCAACAAGAACAGCAAGCGUGAAGAAGCAAUGUUGGGGGAUCCCUGCCUUAAGGACUUGAAAAAGGGAGACAUUAUACAACUCCAGAGAAGAGGGUUCUUUAUAUGUGAUCAGCCUUAUGAACCUGUUAGCCCAUAUAGUUGCAGAGAAGCCCCUUGUGUUUUAAUAUACAUUCCUGAUGGGCACACGAAGGAAAUGCCGACAUCUGGGUCAAAGGAAAAGACCAAAGUAGAAACAACAAAAAAUGAGACUACUACUCCUAGUAAGGACAGACCAGCGCCACCUGUGACUAAUACUUGCACUACUUCUGCGGAUUCCUUGGUCCUUUACAACAGAGUGGCUGCUCAGGGGGAUGUGGUUCGUGAAUUAAAAGCCAAGAAAGCCGCAAAAGAAGAUGUAGAUGCAGCUGUGAAACAGCUGUUAGUUUUGAAAGCUGAGUAUAAGGAGAAAACGGGCCAGGACUAUAAACCUGGAAAUCCUGCUGCUGGAGCAAGCCAGACUGUUUCUUCUAAACCCGCAGCAGGUGCCCCGGAGAGGACAUCUCUGUACGAUGAGAUUGCUGCGCAAGGGGAGGUGGUUCGAAAACUGAAAGCUGAAAAAGCCUCUAAGGCUAAAGUAAAUGAAGCUGUAGAGCACUUACUUUCUCUGAAAGCUCAAUAUAAAGAAAAAACUGGGAAGGAGUACGUUCCUGGUCAGCCCCCUUUAUCUCAAAGUUCAGAUUCAAGUCCAGCCAGAAGCUCUGAGACGUGUGGUCCAGAAACAUCAGAAGCCAAAGUGCUUUUUGACAAAGUAGCGUCUCAAGGAGAAGUUGUUCGAAAACUGAAAGCUGAAAAGGCCUCUAAGGAUCAGGUAGACACAGCUGUAAAAGGACUCCUUCAGCUGAAAGCACAGUACAAGUCCCUCACAGGAGUGGAAUAUAAGCCUGUCUCUGCCACCGGGGCCGAGGACAAAGAUAAGAAAAAGAAAGAAAAAGAAAAUAAAUCUGAAAAGCAGAAUAAGCCUCAGAAACAAAGUGAUGGCCAAAAGAAAGACGCCUCUAAAAGCCAAGGCAGUGGGCUGUCGCCCGGUGGAGCAGGAGAAGGACAAGGGCCCAAGAAGCAGACCAGGUUGGGUCUUGAGGCAAAAAAAGAAGAAAAUCUUGCCGAUUGGUAUUCUCAAGUCAUCACAAAGUCAGAAAUGAUUGAAUACUAUGAUGUAAGUGGCUGCUAUGUCCUUCGUCCUUGGGCGUACUUCAUUUGGGACUCCAUCAAGGACUUUUUCGAUGCUGAGAUCAAGAAACUGGGUGUUGAAAACUGCUAUUUUCCCAUGUUUGUGUCUCAAGGUGCACUAGAGAAAGAGAAGACUCAUAUUGCUGACUUUGCCCCUGAGGUUGCUUGGGUUACAAGAUCUGGCAAAACAGAGUUGGCAGAGCCCAUUGCCAUCCGUCCUACGAGUGAAACAGUCAUGUACCCUUCAUAUGCGAAGUGGGUACAGUCACACAGAGACCUGCCCAUCAGACUCAACCAGUGGUGCAACGUGGUGCGCUGGGAGUUCAAGCACCCUCAGCCGUUCCUGCGUACCCGUGAGUUCCUUUGGCAGGAGGGGCACAGUGCAUUUGCUACAUUUGAAGAAGCAGCAGAAGAGGUCUUGCAGAUACUUGACUUAUAUGCUCAGGUAUAUGAAGACCUCCUGGCAAUUCCUGUUGUGAAAGGAAGAAAGACUGAGAAGGAGAAAUUUGCAGGCGGAGACUAUACCACCACAGUGGAGGCGUUCAUAUCUGCUAGUGGAAGAGCCAUCCAGGGAGGAACAUCACAUCAUUUAGGGCAGAAUUUUUCCAAAAUGUUUGAAAUCAUUUUUGAAGAUCCAAAGACACCAGGAGAGAAGCAAUUUGCCUAUCAGAACUCCUGGGGGCUGACAACUCGAACUAUUGGUGUUAUGACAAUGGUUCAUGGGGACAACAUGGGCUUAGUCUUACCACCCCGUGUAGCCUGUGUUCAGGUGGUGGUUAUUCCUUGUGGCAUUACAAAUGCACUUUCUGAAGAAGACAGAGAUGCUCUGAUUGCAAAAUGCAGUGAUUAUCACAGGCGGUUACUCGGUGUUAAUAUUCGAGUUAGAGUUGAUUUGCGAGAUAACUAUUCUCCAGGUUGGAAGUUCAAUCAUUGGGAGCUCAAGGGAGUUCCAAUUAGAGUUGAAGUUGGGCCACGUGAUAUGAAGAGCUGUCAGUUUGUAGCUGUCAGAAGAGAUACUGGAGAAAAACUGACAGUUGCUGAAAAUGAGGCUGAGACUAAACUUCAAGCUAUUUUGGAAGAUAUCCAUGUUAACCUUUUCACAAGGGCCUCUAAAGACCUCAAAACCCACAUGGUUGUGGCUAAUUCAAUGGAAGACUUUCAGAAGGAGCUAGAUUCUGGGAAGAUUGCUCAGAUUCCAUUCUGUGGGGAAAUUGACUGUGAAGACUGGAUCAAGAAGACCACUGCCAGGGAUCAAGAUCUUGAACCUGGCUCUCCAUCCAUGGGAGCCAAAAGCCUUUGCAUCCCCUUCAAGCCACUGUGCGAGCUGCCGCCUGGGGCCAGGUGCGUCUGCGGCCAGAACCCUGCCAAAUACUACACUUUGUUUGGUCGUAGUUACUAAGGGACAGAACUGCACCCCCAUCUCCAGGUCUCCUCACUUUAAAAAAAAAAAUACUAAUACUCUUCCCAGGUAGACACAGUUUUAUGAUUUUUAAAAAAAUACAAGUUCUAAAAGGAAGUCACAUGAGACAAACACCUAUUCUUAUGCCGAAAUUAACAGUGGAAAAAAGACUUUUCUGUAAUCUACCCCAGUAAUAAAUAUCAUGAACUAAAA